AGGGGGGCGCAUGCGUACUGUCUCCCUGUGCCGGCCGGCUCCACACUGGGGAAGGGCGAGCAGAGGGACCAUUGAAAGAUGGAAGCGGCGGCUAGAGAAAAGCUAGACAUGGAAGUAAUGAAGCCUUUAAUUGGAGAACAGAAUUCGGACAGCAUCUCUGAUGACGAGUACGAAAAUGAAUUGUUGCCAGUUGAGAAGCAUUACCAACUUGAUAAUCAAGAGGGCAUUACGUUUGUGCAAACACUUACUCAUCUCCUCAAAGGGAACAUUGGAACUGGGCUUCUAGGGCUUCCACUUGCGAUAAAAAAUGCAGGCAUUGUGCUUGGACCAAUCAGCCUUGUGCUUAUAGGAGUUGUAUCUGUUCAUUGUAUGCACAUUUUGGUACGAUGCAGCCACCAUCUGUGUCAGAGGUUGAAAAAGACCUCAUUAGGGUAUAGUGACACAGUUAGUUAUGCCAUGGAAGUAGGGCCCCUAAACUGCCUUCAGAAAAGUGUUUCCUGGGGAAGGUGUAUCGUUGACUUUUUUCUUGUGAUUACACAACUGGGAUUUUGCAGCGUUUAUGUUGUGUUCUUAGCAGAAAAUGUGAAACAAGUCCAUGAAGGAUUUUUGGAGAACAGGAUUGUACCCACGAAUGACACUAGUACCAGUGGUCCCUCUGAGAAGAGGAGUGUUGAUUUACGAAUAUACAUGCUGUGUUUUCUGCCAUUUAUUAUCCUUCUGGUCUUCAUUCGUGACCUUAAGAGCCUGUCUAUGCUUUCGUUCCUUGCCAAUAUUUCCAUGGCUAUCAGCCUGGUAAUUAUUUACCAGUACAUCGUUCGAGAUAUAUCUGAUCCUCGAAAACUUCCCCCUGUGGCUGACUGGAAGAAAUAUCCCCUUUUUUUUGGUACUGCCAUAUUUGCUUUUGAAGGCAUCGGUGUGGUGCUCCCCCUGGAAAAUAGAAUGAAAGAAACCCAACGUUUCACACAGGCAUUGAACAUUGGCAUGGGAAUUGUUAUGACCUUGUAUAUCACUCUAGCCACUCUAGGAUACCUGCGCUUUGGGGAUGAAAUCAAAGGCAGCAUCACUUUAAACCUGCCACAAGAAGUAUGGUUGUAUCAAUCCGUGAUUCUGUAUUCUUUUGGGAUUUUUGUGACCUAUUCAAUUCAGUACUACGUUCCAGCAGAGAUCAUCAUUCCAGCAAUUACCUCAAAAGUGCAGCAAAAAUGGAAACUGUUUCUGUGAAUUUAUGGUCAGGAGACACUUUUGGUCUGCUCAACCUGUGCUGUAGCAGUCUUGAUCCCUCACCUCGACCUGGUGAUUUCCUUUGUUGGCGCUGUAAGCAGCAGCACGUUGGCAUUGAUCCUGCCGCCUUUGGUUGAAAUCCUCACGUUUUACAAGGAAAACUUAAGUGUGUGGAUGAUACUUAAAGACAUCUUUAUAGCUGUCAUUGGAGUCGUUGGCUUUUUAACAGGGACAUAUGUGACAGUUGAAGAGAUCAUUUAUCCUGCUGCGACAGUCUUAGUUAACACUACAGAGAACCCCUUUGAAGAUUUGAACACUACGCAUUUGGUGACUGGUUUCAAUUAAUGGUGAGAGAACCGAGAAUCAUUUUGUUUCUAGGCAUGGGUUCUGAUUAGGAGAAAAAGAUCUUGAUAGAGCCUGUAGUUGGAAGUAUGGGCCAAAUCAAAAUGCCUACUCAAAAGGGUGAAAUCCACCCCACACAUCCCAGCACCAACAUGAUGCCUAUGCACCACUAACAUCUCAUUAAAGCCCUGUUUUAAGGGUCUGAGGUGGGACUUAAGUAGUGUGUAGAUCUUCUGCUGGCUUUCAGUGAAGGGGUGAAUUUCUCCCCAGUGAAUAAUAGUUACUAUAUAUAUAGCUUGGAUUGUUAGUAAUGUUUCCAGGGACCUGUAGACUUACUACCUGGAAGUGUUUCUUUUCAACAACUAUAAGUGAUUCACUCUGAUUACUGGGUGUUAGUAUGUCUUAAAUCAAUGUGGUUUUGAAAAAUUACUAUGACUGUUCUUGCAGUCUUUUUUCACACUGGUAUCAAUGGAGUUCUGAAGACCUAAAGCCUUCAGAGUCAAAGUCUUAAUGCUUAGCACAUGUACUGCAGACCACCAGUGUCAGUCAGUUUAUGUGCCAUUAGGCACGAGGUCACUUUUUCAUGCAAUCCAAAUCAAUAACAAGCAUUUUAGUUGAAGUAUGUAAAAGAUACCAAGCUCCUUCAGGAAAAUCCUCCAUCCCUAUCCUGCAAGCUGCUCUGUAUGGCUAAACCUGUGCUCUUGGGAAGAACCCAGUGACCUCACUGGGCUUUGUGCAAGCUCAGGGGCCUGACUAUGUGGAACAGCUUGCAGGGUUUUGACAGAGAAUGCUGCUUCCAGUCAUAGAACAAGUAAUUUUUAAAACCUGGUGGUUUAUGCCCUUUGGGCUUUCUAUGUGGUGUCACAGAAUGUCAUCAUGUAUUAGAAAAAAAUGUGCUCUUUAAUGAUGCAGAAGUAGAUAACAAGACAGCAUCCAAGUUUACAAAUGAUGAUGUAUGUAGUUUAUUUUGAUAUGUUUUUGGUAACUGCUGUCCUAAAACCUGGGCCUUAAAAAAACAAAACAAAACAAAACACCUUUGUGAAUCUAUCCUUAACUUCAACUGUACAAAUACAUGAAAUGCUGUAUUUUUCUACCUAUUCCUAAAAGAUUAGAGUGGCUGUCUAUAUUUGUAUUGUAGCUACAUGUACAAUAGAGUAAUUAUUUUGCAUUAUGUUCUGCCUUCAGUAGUAUUUAACAUGCACAUUACUGUAUUUUGGUUCUCCCCCAAUCCCAUUUUUGGAAAAUAAAAAGAGUAUCUGGGAAAACUGGUAACUGUGGCGGAAAAUCAUCCUUCUGCUCCAGGCCAAUGCACCACUUAAUCCUUCAUAAUAAAAAGCUCUAUUUUGAGGGCUUGUGUUGGGCUUUCUGGCCCCCCUCUACUGAAUUUCACUCUAAUGCUGAAACCAAAUUGUUGUUAUUUUAAUUGAAAAAAACUCUAGAUUUUUUAAAAAAGAGUUUAUCAAACUUUCUUCUUAUAAAAAUGCUUUUCUAAAGAAUAUAUUUAAUUAUAACAUUUCUUGAGGAAAUAAAACCUCCCCCCAAUGUCCAUGCACAUUUAAGACAGAGCGAUAGCUAAUAUUUUUCUUGUCUUCAGAAUAUUUCCCCAGUCACCUACCAUAUGGCAUCAGCAUUAUAGUCCUUUUAUCUCCAUUUUAUAAGUGUUUCCAGUAGGGAUUCAGCAUAGUAGCAUAUGGUGCGAACUGCAUGUAGUUUUUCAAACAGUUGUUCUAAGCAGUGCUCUCAUUUUCAUUUCAGCAUGGACAAAAUUAAACAAAUGCUUGGCAGGCACUUUAAAGGAAUGCAGAUGUAAUGCUGUGUUAGUAAUGUACCCAGCACCUGUAAUAUUAAGUUGCCCUCAAGGACCAUACGAGGACAGUGACUGGACAGGCAAAAAGUAACUUUAGCUUUUCAGAGUCAAGUAUUUAAGCCUUUAAGCUAUUUCUAAAGGAGAUAUUGCAGCCAAGUUUUUCAGUGUAUGUUUGGGGGCAAAACCAGUUUACAAAAAAGGUACACUAGACAGUAGCAUCAAAACACAAUUUUGUAUUUAUUUAUUUUUUGCUGUGAAAUUUAUUUUAAUUGAUCCUGAACAUUUUCUACAUUUAUUUUUAAUAGGACUGGUAGACAUUUUUUUGCUCUCCUAUUGUUUUGGCAGCUCUUUCUAUUUGCAUGUGUGUUUGGAAGAUGCAUAAUUGCCAAAUCCUUCCAUAUCAUCUGUUCUCAGUCUGCUGCAUGAUAGCAAAGGCCUCUGAGAUUGUGCUUCUGCCAACAUGCUGAAGGAUUUGGACCAGAAAUAUUUGGCCAGUGCAGAACAUGGUGAUAAUCUUCGGCCAGUACAGAUUGAUGUGCACCUGAUGCUAUUUAUCAAAGCCAAAGCUAACAAAGAUGGGUGCCUAAAGAGAGGCUCCCACAUCCUUAUUUAAGUCCCUAAAGAUGUGACCUAAUUUUGAAAAGCAUCCAGGAGUAUUCCCUAAAGUGAAUGCAGGUCAGACUUUUUGAAAAUCAAAUCACUUACUUAGGUGCCUAAAUAAGGACUUAGAAGCUUAGCUUUAGGCUCCCAGCUUUUGAAAUCUUGACCCAAGUGUGAACCCAUACAGAUCUCACCACAAAGCCUGCCCAUGGCACAUCCCAUCAUAUCUAAUGGUGUCAUUCAGCAGUUUCUCACUCAGACCCCUGAGUAUGAAGUAGCUUUUUUUAGUCUCUGGGUCAGUAUUGCCCAUUUAAAUUAAUGUGUCACUUAAGAGAUUUUAAAAUGUUUAUUAAUAUAUUUAAAGGCUUUCCACUAUACCAUUUUUAUUUUUCACCUACAGUGUAGGAUCUUUAUUACUUCAUCAUUCACAUAUUAGGUUUGUUUGGCCUGCUCAGUCAUUUUAAAAAAAAGUCUAUGGUCUCAUGGUAUUUUGUGCUGAAGAGGACUGAAGUGUCACAAAUAAAACUACUGAGAGAUCAUCAAGUCCAAAUAUGACCGAAUCAUAGAAUAGAAUCAAAGACUGGAAGAGACCUCAAGAGGU